AUGAAGGACAACGGAACGAUGCCAGGACCGAAAAUGGGCCCUCGCCCUCCCGACUUUGACGAAGCCCUCGUGAAGCAGUCUCCCACUUUUAGCCGAUGGUUAAAUUUGGAAAAUGGCCAAAAGCUCCGAUAUGCCUGUCGGGAUUUCAUCAAGGGACACGGGGAUGACGAAGAACGCUUGAUGCGACGAAUCAUGAUUGCCAGACGCAACAACAUUCGAGAUCAUCAAGUGUUGAAACGAGCCCGGCAGAUUGCUCAAACCAAUCCAUUGGACGGCGUGCCGGUACCACUGGAAAAGGUUGCCAAAUUGGAUCACAACCACGAUCAUCAUGAUCAUCACGAUCAUCAUGAUGAUCAUCACCAUUCAUUUGGAAAAAGCAGCAUGGAAUCAUCCAUGGAUAAUCAUCAUCAUCUAGUCCAAGAAAGCAGUCGGAAGCGACGACCAGCCACACUCUUUUCCGAUUCCUAUGUGGCCAAAGAGAUGGACAUUGCUGCGGUCGAGGCAACACGCUCUUAUCGAACAUGGCUAGAUCUACCGGACGGAGCAGAAUUUGUCUACAAUCAGAAAUACAUAAAGGGGAGAGAAGGUCACGAUUGGUUGCUCAAGAAGAACAUUUGGCGUCGGAUGCGAUACCGAAGAGAAAACAAAAAGAUUGUGCAUGCGUUUCUCGAGCAGAACGAUACUGCCCCAGGUUUGGCGUCGCAUAUUGUCGAUGAGGCUCUAUUGACAACCCAUUCCAUCCUUGCUGCCGAUGCUGUCACUCAGGCUAGUGUCGAAGCCGCCCUGGAGAGUGCGGAUGGGAGCAAAAAGGGGGAUUACGAAGAAGUGUCGGCCGCAGUGGAAGCAGCAAUGGGCGUUGCCGAUAGCUAUGCCAAGAGUCCUUAUAAUGUGGUUCACAAUCCAUUGGACACCGUGACAACGACUGCUGGUGCGUUAGAUGCUGCUGCCCGGUUGGCAGCGGCUGCCAGCAGCGGAGUGGAUGACGAUGCAGUGGCAGCCGCUGCUUCUAUUGAUGUUUGA